ACACGGUCAAAGACUACUCUCUAAACACCAAGAAACACUUACAUAUAUCAACAUGGGUAAAGUUCACGGUUCCCUUGCCAGAGCAGGUAAAGUUAAGUCUCAAACUCCAAAGGUCGAAAAGACUGAAAAGCCAAAGAAGCCAAAGGGUAGAGCAUACAAGAGAUUAUUGUACACCAAGAGAUUCGUCAACGCUGCUGUCACCCCAGGUGGUAAGAGAAAGAUGAACUCCAACGCUAAAUAAGCGUGCCAGAAGUUCUUGUAUAACCCCAUUUAAAUUGUUUAAUACUUUUAAAUAUAAACAUGACAGUCAAAUUUUAACCUCAAUCCCAC